CCCACAGUGGAACAGCUAGGCGGUGCCUCUUAACCAUUCAUUAAAUUUCAAUGGGCGUGGCUAGAAGGGCGCUUGAUGCAAACAAAUCUGUCAACCGCACGUUUCUAUUACUGCGUUUUCGAACCAUAAUUCUUGUGGAUGUGAUUCAGCAAGUGGACUUUUUUUUUUUUUUCAGAGGAGCCUGGCCUGCUUGCAAAGCUGCAGGUCUUCGCAUCGAGGCUUGGAAGGGGAUUAAUCUCAGCGCCACCUUCCCCACAAGCUUUUGUAGCCGGCAGCCCAAUUAUAUAACUGCAUUACACAAUAAAUGGAUCACCAUUAAAGCCAAUGCAGUGGCACGGAGAGUCCGUUUCCGCGCACGUCGAGGGUAAAAUGCAUUUUGUGCACGAUGCGCUUCGUCUUCCAGCACGGAUCUCCUCCAUCUGCCUCUGCUGGCUGAGCUGGCUCUCGUUUGCUUUCCCCUCCUCCUCCUCCUCCGCUUUCCCCCUCCUCUUCCUCUUUCAGCAGAGCCCAAGCAAGAGAGAGGGCUGACACUGCCUGCUUUAAGACUCGCCCCAUUGUUGCGUAGUUUGUAAGAAAGAAAGAAAGAAAGAAAGAAAGAAGCACUGUCUACUCUCUCUACGUGCUCUGAUCCAGUCUGACUGGGGCGAUCCAGACGGGAGUUUUGACCAGGAUUCUGCAGCAGUUCUCUUGGGGAACGAUGGUUCUGCAGAGAGUGAUCCGAGCUGUCAUCAUGGGACCUCCGGGGUCGGGGAAGGGAACGGUGUCUGCGCGUAUCACCAAAAGUUUUGGACUGCAACACAUGUCCAGCGGGGACAUUUUAAGAGCCAACAUCAAGGAAAAAACCGAGCUCGGCCUGUUGAUGAAGGCCUGCAUCGAUCAGGGGCAGCUGGUACCUGACGACAUCAUGUCCCGUCUCAUCCUGAACGACCUGAGGAAGAUAGACAACAGCGGCUGGCUCCUGGAUGGAUUUCCUCGGACUGUUUCCCAGGCGGAGGCUCUUGAUCAUGCCUUCUCUUUAGACACGGUCAUCAACCUGAAUGUACCUUUCCAGACCAUCAAAGAACGACUGACGUCUCGUUGGACUCACAUCCCCAGCGGCAGAGUCUAUAAUACGGAUUUCAAUCCGCCCAAAGUUCCUGGCUUGGAUGAUGUGACAGGAGAGCCUCUGGUCCAGAGAGAUGACGACAGGCCGGAGACGGUCACACGGAGGCUGAAGUCCUAUGAAACCCAGACAGAACCCGUGCUAGAGUUCUACAGGAGUAAAGGUGUGCUGGAGACCUUUACGGGGACAGAAACCAACAAGAUAUGGCCACACGUCGAAGCUUUCCUCCACAGAAAAUUCACCUCCCUCAGUCAAAGAGCUGCUUAGCCUCAGUGAAGCACAACUGAUCGUCCAAUCGAAACGCAGCAUGUAAAUAGGGGUGGGGGGUUAUGGGUGAAUUUUGUUUUUAAUGAACGUAAAGCCCUUAAAUUUGUAAAUGAAGAAAUCUAUUUUACUAAAUAGACUACUACAUAUGUUAAAAAAAAAAAAAACGUCUUUUUUAGUCUAAUCUUUGAACUCCUGUGUUGUUGAAAUAGUUUGGGGGGAAAUUCAGACGAGCGUGUGCAAGACCUGUUUAAGCAUUGGCUGUUGACGUGUCCCCCCCUUGUGCCUUUUAUAAAUCCAGAAGAUAACGGCUGAAUCCAACCAUGAAGUUUUGCAACUGUACAAGAUCGGGGGAUAAGUUUGCACAAGAUGCUGCAGGAGGAAGGGCGGAGUCGUUUUUGAUGAACCCAAAGCAGCUUUAGCUCUUCUAAAGACAAUGCUGUUGGCUUUUAGUCUGAUGUGUGCACACGUGCCUUCUGCUGCUGUUCACUGGCAGUUUGACACAGAAAGAUAGGGUUUGCAAACACUCCCCCCCCCUCCUUUAAUCAUGGACCAGUUUUAAUAAUGAGUAGACAUAAUAAUGGAUUUUUAUUAUAUUUUUAAAGAAACAUUGUAUACCAGCUUUGUUGAACCACGUCAGAUCUUACUAGUGACGCUUCUGAAACACUCCAUUCUUUUGAAUUUCGUCGUCCAUUCCUUGUUGCGACUAUAUUCCCUGUGAGCAACAGUAGGCAUCGGUUUUGUCUGACCCGACAGCUGAAUAAUACAUGACUACAUACAUGAACACAGGGUAAACGGGGUUAAAUGUUGUUGGAAGGUAUCAGCUUGCAGUUUUUGCACAUUCUAAAUGUUUACCCUGUUAAAAAGCCUUAAUAAUGCUUCUUUGCAGUGUACUGUAUGUGAUCAUUCUGGUUUCUUAAAACUCUUUCACGCAUUGUUGAAACGCAAAAAAUAAUCUUUUCACAAGCAGCUCAGAUAUUUAUGAAUCUCAAUAAACUUCUUGUACUGUA